CGUACACGCCCUCUGACUCCUUUUGUCUCAUCAAGUCCUUCUUCGGCUCUCUUCUCUCUUCAGUAGCGCCAACUAACUGCAUUGGGUACUUAAACCGUAUACCUCAGUAGAACUAGUUUUUAGCCUAUUUAGGGUAUCAGAAUAUUGUGUUAAUAAUGAAUUUACAGCGACAGGGCUGGAUCGUCUGGAUUACCGUUCUUGCUUAUGCUGUGACCGUAAAAAGCAUUAGUCGGAGCGAUCUUUUCCAGUAUGGAGAGGACGUUGGGGACACUUUGCUGCAGCAGGGGACUGACCAGAGUCAAGAACUUGCCUUGGAUAAACCUCUAUUUUUCUACGAUGGAUCGUUUACCAGUGUAUUUAUCAACACAAAUGGGUUUGUUGCCACAUCAGAGCCAAUGGAAGAGUCGGAGUACCUGGGGAAAAUGCCCACCUCUUUUGGCAUGAUUGCAGCAAGUCUGGGGAACAUGGAUACCAGCGAUGGCUUUGGGAAAGUCUUCUAUCGCCAGGACACAACACCCCAAACCUUGCAGAAAGCAUCAGAUUAUAUUGCUAGGGCCUACCCAGAAGAUGAUGAGGUUGACCCUACCACUACUAUAGUAGUCACCUGGGAGAAUGUGGCACCCCAGGACACUUUACGCAGAGGAGACAUGCUGGAUAUCAAGAGGAACACCUUUCAGCUUGUUGUGGCAUCAGCGGACACUGCCAGCUAUGCAAUUCUACUAUAUCCAAGGGACGGGUUGCAGUUCUAUUCCACUCCUGUAGGAGGCGAGAAUGAGCUCAUACAAGUUGGCUUCAGCAAAGGAAAAGUGACCGGCUGGUUCACAUGGCACCAAGGACCAUACUACCGUGCCACUACCAGCGAUGAGGCGUCUGUUAAGAAUCUUCCUGAGAAGACAAACUGUGGAACACGAGGGGUGUGGGUGUUUGAGAUCGGGACUUCUCCUUUUUUCACAGUAGUGGCCGCUGGUGAGGUCACUGAAUUGGUUGAACCGUGGGAAAGAUCUGACACGGAGGAGGGGGAAGUGGAGUUAGUCACCGAAUUCCCAGAUAAUUACCCGGGACUACAGCACAUCUCAGAGUGGGUCCCAUCAAACUGGGAUCAGCUGCCGACUCACCCGUCCCCAGACAACCUGGAGGAGACGCCAACUGUACCAGUCCCUGAGGUUCACUAUGAAAAUCCACAUGAGAGCCCUUCCCAGUACACAGAAGCAUUCCCACCUCAGCGUCCCCAUUACCAGCCUGAAAAUCCACAGGUAGUGGUGGUGGAUGAAGGCAAUAUCAAUGUAGAUGUGUUCUCCUACAAUUAUGAGACCUGCGCUAACAGACAACACAAGUGCUCCAUCUUCGCCGACUGCAAGGACUACUCCAGUGGCUACUGCUGCCACUGCCGGCCUGGGUACUACGGCAACGGCAAGCAGUGUGUAGCCGAAGGUAAACCUCAACGGAUGAAUGGCAAAGUGAGCGGUAGGGUUUUCGUGGGAAAUUCUCCGACACCCCUUGUAUUCAACAAUAACGACCUGCACUCUUACGUGGUGGCCAACGAUGGACGAGCCUAUGUGGCCAUCAGUACCAUCCCCUCCAACCUGGGGCCCUCUCUCCUCCCCCUCUCCUCCUUGGGCGGCAUCAUUGGCUGGGCCUUUGCCUUGGAGCAGCCCGGCUAUGAAAAUGGCUUUAGCAUCGCGGGCGGGGAAUUUACACGCCAGGCAGAAGUGACCUUCCAACCUGGGAAUGAGAAGCUGACCAUCAAGCAAGAGUUCAAGGGCAUCGAUGAGCACGACCACCUGGCAGUGAGCACGGAGCUGGAAGGCAGGCUGCCAGAGGUCCCCCUGGGCUCCACCGUGCACAUCGAGCCCUAUUCCGAGGUCUACCAGUAUAGCAGCAACAUGAUCACCUCCUCCUCGGUUCGGGAGUACACGGUCACCCUGGUUGAUGGCAGCGUCCAGUCCAAGUCCUACCACUGGCGGCAGACAAUCGUCUACCAAAGCUGCUCUUACAGUGAUGCCUCUGCACUGGCCCAUCCCACCCAGCAGCUCAGAGUAGACCAGAUCUUCGUGCUGUAUGACGAAGUCAAUCAGCUCAUCCGCUACGCCAUGAGCAACAAGAUCGGCUCCAUCCACAGUGGACCGGUCGAGCAGAACCCCUGCUUCACGGGCAGACAUGGUUGUGAUACCAACGCCGCCUGCCGCCCGGGUCAAGGAAACCAGUUCACGUGCGAGUGUGCAGCUGGCUUCACCGGGGACGGACGCACGUGUUACGACAUUGAUGAGUGUAAGGAGAUGCCCCGGAUCUGUGGUCUUCACGCCAUCUGCAACAAUCAGCCCGGAACCUUCCGCUGUGAAUGCACCGAGGGCUACCAGUUUGCCAGCGACGGGCAGACCUGCAUUGAGUCGGACCGGCCCAUUGACCACUGCCAGGCUGGCACGCAUGCCUGUGAUGACCCGGAGCGAGCACGCUGCAUCUACACCGGGGGCUCUUCCUACAUCUGCUCCUGCCUGCCGGGCUUCGAGGGCGAUGGCCGGACCUGUCACGAUAUAGACGAGUGUCAGCAAGAGCGUUGCCACCGGGCAGCUGUAUGCACCAACACCCCGGGAGCAUUCAGCUGCCAGUGCCGGCCCGGUUUCCAUGGUGAUGGCUUCCACUGCUCCUCAGCCCCUGCAAAGACGCAGUGUGAGCAGCACCGGGAAGCAGCCCUGUCGGCCUCCUCCACGUUCGGCCCCCGGGGGCCCCGGCCCAUCCCGGGCCAGUACGUGCCCACCUGCGACGCUCUGGGCCGAUACGAGCCCAUGCAGUGUCACCACAGCAUCGGCCAGUGCUGGUGCGUGUACCAAAAUGGGCAGGAGAUCCCGAGCACCCGCACCGGGCCGGGCAGCGAACCCAUGUGCAUUGACCAGGUGGUCCCCACACCAGUGGGACCCACGACCCGGCCUGACAUCACUCCGCUGCCACCAGGAACCCACCUGCUGUUUGCCCAGAGCGGGAAGAUUGAGCACGUUCCUCUGGCAGGACAUGGCAUAGAGAAGAACCAAGCCAAGGCCCUGCUGCACAUUCCGGACAAAGUGGUCAUCGGUUUGGCCUACGACUGCGUGGAAAAGAUGGUCUACUGGACAGACAUCACAGGACCAUCCAUCAGCAAGGCCAGCCUGCAGGGGGGAGAGCCCAUCCCUAUCAUUCUGACAGAUCUGGAAAGCCCCGAGGGGAUCGCUAUAGAUCACCUGGGCCGCACAAUGUUCUGGACGGAUUCCAUUCGGGAUGUGAUCGAGGUGUCGUCCUUGGACGGGAAUCAGCGACGUGUCCUGAUCGACACCGACUUGGUCAACCCUCGUCCCAUAGUGGUGGACUCAGCACGUGGGUAUCUAUACUGGGCUGACUGGAACAGAGAAGCUCCUAAGAUUGAAGCUGCUUAUAUGGAUGGGACCAACAGACGGGUGCUGGUGAAGGAUGACCUGGGGUUGCCCAACGGCUUGACCUACGACCCCCAAACCUCCCUGCUAUGCUGGGCUGAUGCGGGUACCCACAAGGUGGAGUGCAUGAACCCAAGCCUGGCAAACCGGAGAAAGGUGGUGGAGGGCACCCAGUACCCGUUCGGGAUUGCAUCCUACGGAAAGAACCUCUACUACACCGACUGGAGGAGGGAAGCAGUGAUGGUGGUGGAUCGGCCCGCUGAGAAGAACACGGACGAAUUCGUACCCCAGAAGCGCUCGCGGUUAUAUGGGAUCGCGGUGGCCAGUGUCCAGUGCCCAGCCGGGCAAAACUACUGCAGUGUAAACAACGGCGGCUGCACACACCUGUGUCUGGGAACCCCUACUGGCCGCUCGUGCCUCUGUCCUGAUAAAGCUGUGGGCGUGAGCUGUGUGGAGGGAGAGAGCGGAUAUUGAGAAGGAAGAGUAGCAUAGGAGAGUUACUCCUCCUAACCACAGCCUGGUAGAAGCAGGCCAUCUGUCAGUAUAGUUAUUCAAAACUGAAUAAGUAACAGUGACGGACUGUUUUAAAGUGCCUUAAAUUUAUAACAGAGUUUGUCAUAAGUUCCCUAUCUCCAAUUUACUUUAAAUGGUGCUUAUUUUAAUUGUAAAUAAAUUCUGCGUAAACCUAUUUGAAGAUUUCUUUGUGGCGCUCAGCUAAAAUAAAAAGACCUCAAGCGUCAGAUAUUACUGUGAAUUUUACAACAGAACGAGAGUAGAGUGGCUGGGGUGACGACCAGAGAUGGAGGCUGUGACGUCAUACGCAGCAGUACGCCGAUGCCUCGCGUGACAUAUGCUGUAUAUGCAACUGGUGUGUGAGUGAAGUUUACAUUCUGUACAGCUAUCCAAAUAAAACAACUUUUUAUACAGAA